CGACCAAUUGUUGAAUUUUCAUUGGAAAAUAUGAGAGCGUUACAAUUAAAACAGAAAAGAGCAGAAAAAUGUUUGAUGCUUCAGUCUAAAACCAAAAAAUCAUCAUCAUCAACACCACAAUUAUUCACAAAGAAUAUUGAAAGGAAUUCACAAAAGACUAAGUCUAUAUUAACAUCAAAGUCAUCUAAUUCAACAAUAUAUAAAAAGUCUAAAAUGAAUAAUAAUCCUAAUUAUAUUAACAAAUUACAAAAGAAAUUAUAUUUAUCUAAAAAUAAUACUCAACAAAAAUCAUCAAUUUUACCAAAACAUUUCGGUCCAAAAAAACGUCAUCGUCAUCGUGGACGAUUAACAGCAGCAGCAGCAGCAUCAAAACCAAAACAAAAGAAAACUCGAAAACAAAAACGUGCAGCUAAAAAUACAUAAAAUACAAUAUGUAAUAAAUAAAGAAUAAAUAAGAAAAUGUAAAUAUGAUGAUGAUACACAUGAAUAACAAUCUCAUGUAUAUACACAUUCGUCAAGUAGUUUGUUUGUUUUGUUAUCGGUUAUUCUUAUUACUGUUGUACAAUUUAUUUGUUGUUACUAAGAGGAUCAGUCAUACUUAAUUUAGAAUGUGAUACAAGUGUGUAAAUCGAUUCAAGUUAUCACAACAUCCUUGUUAUAUAUACAGUUUCGUUUCUUAAGUAAAUCUCCUGAUAGAAGAUGGAUUCUUGAGAGUUAAAACAAUCAGUAUUAUCUUUAUAAAGAUGUGUAUGAUAAAUUUAAAUAAAAGUGAGGAAAGUGGCAAACUUUGAUUUUGAGUUAACUAAAUAACUACUUU